AAAGAUGAAGGGAAAAAGAGAAAUGCACAUGUCUGGUACUACAGAGAGGUCAAGGAGCCUGUGUCGACUGCCCUCAGAUUACCCUGAUGUUGUUGUAAAUGGUACUUCCCUACCCUCAGUUACUAUGACAACAGAAUCUACUUCUCAGAGCAAGGCUCAAGCAGCAAGUUUAAACCAACAGAGCAAUAAGACCAGCUCCAAUAGAGAUAAGAAAGUGGAGAAAUCAGUCCUACAGACAUGCAACUCUUCAGUUUUAGAUGUGACAAAUAAGAUCAACAGGACAAGGACACAGGAGGAUUUCCCAUCAGGACUCAGGUCGCUGAGGCUUCACGGCAGCUCCAGGCGGAACUCCCUGCUUCGCUGGUGUCAAGGCAGAACUCAGGGAUACAAGAAUAUUGAGAUCACUAAUUUCAGCAGUUGUUGGGUGGAUGGUUUGGCCUUUUGUGCGAUUUACCACAGUUACCUCCCCUCUCACAUACCAUAUGACAAACUCAGUCCAGAGAAUAAGAAAGAGAAUCUUACUCUAGCAUUCCAAACUGGAGAAGGUUUUGGAAUCUCUGCAUCACUGACAGUGGAGGAGAUGCUAAUAGAUGAAGCACCGGACUGGCACAGAGUUCUGGAAUACGUAGAGAGCAUCUACCGCCAUUUUGAGAUGUGAGACUGUGAAUAUAUACACGUCCUGAUCAUUUAUAGUGAUCACGAAUGCUUUCAGAAUUCCACCACAGCAUCAGUAUAAGCUCUGAGGGGAGAACACAACUUCAAGCAACCUUAAAGUGGACUCAAAAGGUCAUCUUUAGCUGUUUAUCUGGGAUCAGAUUUUUUUUUUUUUUUUUUUUUUUUUAUAACUAAGAGGUUUGUAUAAGAGACUAAAUAAGAAGGUUUUGCUGGUUAGUAUGACCUGCUAACACUGCCACGUAUUCUGACUUCUCGCAAGCAACAAUUAAUUGCUUGUUACAUUAUAUUAUACUGAAGAGCUGUCUAAUGGACUUAAGGGUUUGUGGCUUUCUUGUGCCAUUAACCAAUCAGCACUGAGGCCAAAAACGAAGCAAACAGGUUUCUAACUUGUGGGGUUCCUGCACCAGCCCUGCAUUCAUCCCACUGAAAUGAACUGGAAUGCUAUUGAAUAGCUUGUCCUAGUAUUAUAGAUCUCCUGCGCAGCUCCUGAGAAAGGCCGGAUUGUCUGUGUAAAGUAGGGUUGUGAGUUGGAUGAGGAGUGUCCAUCAAAAUUACUGUUUUGUUAACCUUUCUGCCCUCUGUUGGUUUUCAUGUGUUAUUGCAGGUUUCAAUUUGUCUGUUUGCCACUUUGCUCUUUUUUAUUCAGGUUCUUAUACAGUAAGACCUGGACUACUGUGGAAAUCUCAAAUCACAGAAAUCAUUACUCUUGUAUGUGUCCAAGGUUUUUUUUUUUUUGUUCUUUUUUUUCUGUGAUGUUAAGCCUGGCUAAGGAUCCAAGCUGAUUAUUUCAGCAGCUGUAAGAUCAUCCUGUUUUGUUUUCUUUGAUCCCCAAAGCCAUCACCGAUACUCAGACACCAAAGUACUAUUAGUGUGAUGUAGAUAUUAAAGGAAAAUAAGAUUCCAAAGGCAAGCAUUAAUAAAUAAAUAUUUUGAUUA